GUCACGAAAUAUUUAUCUUCUUUUAAUAAAGUUACCCCUACUAUAAAAAUACACAAGGGAGGAAUCUAAAAAUAGGAAAUUCGCUACCACAAAUUUUUAUCGGACUUGUUAUCUAGUUUCUGGGCAACUUGCCCUGCCAACCAAGUAGGAGUGAGUGGAAUAUAGAUUCAAUUUUGAUAUUCUUCAGUCAAAUUCUAAUCAACGCACACCGUUAGUCAUAUAACUAACCUCUUUUUUCGACAUUUGGAUCUGGCGACAGUUCUUUCCAUAUGUUCUUCCGGAGUAAUUUAAAAGCUGCGCUCUGAUUGGUCGCUUUCUGUAGAUAACUCGUACUCAAAGUAACUCUCGAAUAAAAAAGUACGGGAAAAUGGAGAUAGCAACAGAAGGCCACAACGUUCUAAUUCUUGGGCCAGCGGGCACUGGCAAAAGUUAUGUAGUGAAAAAAAUAGCCCAAACAAUGAAAAGUAGUGGAAAAAGAGUUGGUAUAACUGGAACGACAGGGAUGGCAGCAUCCCUGAUACAGGGCGUGACAGUGCACAAAUUUUUUGCCCUAAGGGAUGGUCGAUAUUCCAAUGAGGAAUUGACCAUUAAAAUAAUGACAGAUGUAAACUAUCAUGAUGUGAAAACACGAAUUCUGUCUAUAGAUUGUGUGAUUAUAGACGAAAUUUCCAUGCUAUCGUGGAAGUUGUUAGAGCAAAUAGAGUAUGUUUGCAGAAAUGUACGAGGGGUGAACAAGCCUUUUGGAGGCAUUCAGAUGGUUUUGGCUGGAGAUUUUUUUCAGCUGAAGCCAGUCGCUAACCAAAGAUAUGGAGACCCGGGUGAUUUGGUUAUAUCAAAUAGAAAAUUCAGAGAUCUUAUUCCUCAUCACAUAGUCUUGAAAAAGGUGUAUCGGCAAUCAGAAGAAAAAUUAAUUACUGCUAUUCAUGAGCUAAGUCGUGGAUUGGCUUCAGAGUCCACCAUCGAGUUUCUGAAGACUUUAGAAAGACCUCUUGUAACUGGUGUUCCAGUGAGACUAUUUUCACAGAACUAUGAUGUGGACAUAUGCAAUUCUGAUAACCUUCUUGAACUAACAGGUAUAUACAAUUUACAGUGUGCUUUCAUAUACAUGUUCCUUGUUUUACCGAUCCAUAUUAAAAAAGAGCAUAUCUGUCAUUUGAACAAUUUUUAAUGGGGCAAAAGGUAAACAUGAUCAACACAUGUAAUUGGUAGGAUAAACUACUGAUGUACAGAUCUGUUCUUUGCUUUGUUUCUGCAUGAGCAUUGUUACAUAUAGCAUGUGUUCAUUGUUUACAUUUCUGAAUUAGUUAUUAGAAACAUACUUAA